UGCGGGGAUUCACGUGAUAAUGGUGGGGCGAAGGGGAAUAUUCGACCAAGCUGUUAACUCUGUUCUCCGCUAUAAAUCCAUGAUAGUAAAAACUAUUUGACGUGAGAACGCGCCUUGCUGGGCGCUUAAUCGACAACAGUCGGUGACGUUCCCAGUCGUACACGUGCGCAGAAGUUAAUUAAUGGAUUAAACGUGACGGAAAGGUGGAAGACCGAACACUGUGAUGUUCUGCCAAAGUAAUCGAAUUUCUGAAGAAAGACGAGAUCGUAGACGGUAAAAAAUGAGUGCUGGAGAACAUAAGGGUUGCGAAAUAGAAGAUAUUGAAAAUUCGGAUGAAAGUGACAGACCCUCUGGGGAAAGAUGGGCGCCAGUCGGGGCAAACGACUGUGACAAUGAUUUUGCUGAUGAGUAUAAAUAUGUAGAUAAUAUGGAGAACUUAUCUUAUGAUAUGGAGAGACUCAAGGUAUUGGAAGAGGAGCAGGAAAUGCUUAAUUCAUCUCUCAUAGCACUGACUACACAUUUUGCCCAGGUUCAGUUUCGUUUACGACAAAUUGUGGAUGCACCCACUAAUCAGAAGGAAGCGUUGCUCAAAGAAUUAGAAGAGUUUGCAUUUAGGGGAAUACCCGAUGCUCCAAAUAAUUUGUCACUUGAUAGUAGAUCAAUUACUCCAACUUCUCCAGUGUCCUGCAAGCAAAGCAUAUCUGGAGUUAUUAAUGAUGUUGAUGUUGAAUCUAAAAUGGCUUUACAAAGAACAAAACAAAAAGAACUAAUAUGUCAACUGAAAUCUCAGUUAGAGGAUCUAGAGAAAUAUGCUUAUGAAACUGGUGAUGCAGACUUACCGCAAAGCAUGAUAUUAGAACGACAAAAUAUUAUAAUCAAUCAUUUAAAAGAAAAACUAAAUUUUGACGUCGACGAUCUUUGCAAAUUACCAGUUGACGAUUUAAGAUGGCAAGUAGAUUAUGCUAUAAGUCAGAUUGUUAGCCCUUUGAAAAUGAAAGAACAAUUGGUAACUCAAUUGAAAACACAAAUUACGGAUUUAGAGCGUUUUAUAAAUUAUCUUCAGGGCGAAGUUAGUACAGAAACUUUAGCAUGCACUUGUGCUUGUCCAGUACACACUAGUGGUUCUGCUACCUCUUCUUCGUAUGUUAAGAAUGCAUUUCAGAGAAAAUCGAUGGAGGAAGAUAAUAAAACUCAGACUAUUAACACUGUUAAGAAGGUGGCAGUUCUAUUACAUAUGUUCCUAGUGUCCCAAUUAGGAUGCGGUAGUGAAAGGGUGCGAAGAAACAUUAAAAAGAAUUCAGUACAUAAAUGGCGGGACUUGAGAACCAGACUAGAUAUAGCUGUUGAACAUGUUAUAGAAACAAUUACAGAGAUUAAUCAUCAUACAGAAGAUGAUGACCCCACUAAUGAAAAUGAUUAUGCCUCAGAUUCAGAUUCCUCGUCUCAUUGUAAUGCAAGAGUAACAUCUGCUGUAAGGAAGCAUUUAGCAACGUCCAUACGUGACUUAAUUCAACAUGGAUUAAUGUCUGAUGUGCGUGCUAAUAGUGUAGUACCGUUCGUGGGAUGUUUCCCUCAAAGAACCACCUCUACUACUAAUUUAAUGCAUGCAUGGGAAUUAAUAUUGAAAUACUAUGAAAUUAAAAAUGGCCACCGUUACAAUUCUAGCCCAGCACAGAAAUUAUCUCAAAGUUUCAAUCUAGAUUUAGCAGGGAGAGUUAUAUCUUCUAAACAGAGUCUAUUAACAACUAUCGGGAACAUUAUUGCCUCUCACAGUCCGUACAAAAGAAGUUACGAUUCCCAUUUCAAAGCAUUCAUAUGUGCAUCCUUGAAUGCCAAAAAGCUUGUCGCUUGGUUAAAAUUAAUCCUACAAUGUCAGUAUCUCCUUGAGAAUCAUUAUGCAUCAUGGAGUUAUGUUGUGAAAACAGGUUUUCAAGAUGCAUUUCAUACUCUAGAUCGUCUAACAAGUUACAAAUUUGAUUUGCCAGUGGACUUGGCUGUAAGACAAUUCCAAAACAUAAAAGAUGCAUUCUGAUUGCAAAGCAAAUCAACAUUCAUACUCAUGUGAGUAUGGGGUAGUCACUUUUAGUGAACAAAGUACACAAGCAACAUAAAUGAGAAACAGUACAUUUUAACUUUAUGUUGAUAGUACACUAAUCUACUGUAUUUUAAAAAUAUUCUUUCUUAAAGAAUAUUCUUUCUUAAAGAACAUUCCUUUCUCAUCUCCUGAGUGCUUAUUAGUUGAAAAUUGUUAUGAUGCAAUAACAUACUCAGAGUCUGAGUUUUUAAUUAUUCUAUUUUAAGAAUAUCAUUCUAUAAGAUCUAAAGAAAGAUAAUCUGAUGCUUGGGGUGACUUAAUGAUGAUAUGUAUAAAAAUAUAUUGUGAUUUAGAGCACAGAUAUAAAUGUAAUGCUGCCUCAUAUAAUAUGGACUGAUACAUAUUACGUAGUUAUUUUGAGGUACAUUUUCAGAGACUGCAAGUUCUCAAGAAAUUAAUGAAUCUAGACAUUUUAUUUAUAAACUUUAACGAAUAACAUUAAACCAAUUUUAUAAAAUUGAAAAACGCGGUUAUUACGUCGAUCAAAAUUAAUUAGUAUUUCGUACUAAAUCUUUUCACGCAAACGAUGAAGAAAGUACUUCUUACUAGAUAUCAAAUAAAACCAAAGACCAAACUUUCUUUUUGAUAAUUGAAAGAAAUAUUAUUCUUCAGUUUUUAGUUUUAGUACCUCUUCGAAUGUUAAAAUUAAUAAGUUUAUGGUAACAUAUCAUUGAAACAGUAGUUAAAUCUUGUAACAUAUAACAGUAAUAUGCUCAUAAUCUUUGAUGUUGUGAUAUAUUGUCAACAUUUUAUCUUGUUGUGUUUUAUAAAUCUUUAUCAUUGCUUUAUAUUUCUUUCUUCACAUGUUUAUAUAGUAUAUAUACGUUGAUAUAAACGUGUAAAAUAAAUCUUUAGUUAUCACUAUUAAAAGGAAGAGUUUAAAGAGUCUCGUUUUACUGUGCAGAUCAUUGAAUAAAUCUGUAUAAAAUGUUACAUUUUUGUAUGCAGCUGAAAGUAUAGAUCUUAUAAAUAUUUCUCUCAAUUAUAUAUAACUGUUCCUAAUUUCAUCAAGAUUAAAUAUGUUAUAUGGUAUACUGUAAGAAAAGCAUACAAGCUCCAGAAAAUAGAUAUUACUAGAACACACAUUAAUUUCAACUAGUUAACAAUUUACUGAACAUACACACCUAGUUACUUGCAAUUAUUGUAUUGUAUGCAUAAGGUAUAUCAUAUGUAAGAUAGUAUUAAGAGAAACUCAAAUGUAUUAUAUAAUAUAUACAUAAAUAUCUGCUUUUUAUAUACAUAAUAAUUUGACAUUAGUUUAUUGAAGAGAAGACAUGCAGAAAUAUAUUUA